ACGCUCAGAACCAGAAGAUUCCUGUGGUGCAAUACUGAAGUACUGUAACACUCACCUGUCUGCCUACCUGUUGUACUUAUCCAGGGACCUGUCUGACCUCACAGCAUCAUGCUCACCAGGAACAUUGUUCUUUUGUUCUCUCUGUUCACUUUGCUGGUGGAGGGGGACCUCGACUUCAACGAUGCUGGAAUACAAGCCAUGUCGACAGAUAAAGACUCCACAUCUGAUGAAGCCCCCACAGAGAGUAUGAAUGCUGUCUCUCCAGAUCAACCCGAUGAAUCCCAGUAUUAUGGAGGAGGACCUUCAGAUACCAGCAGUUCCAGCUCAGAGACUGCAGAUGCUCCAGUAGCCAAUCAGGUGACAGCACCUGAACCUGCUGCAGCUGCUGCAAACAGUGUGGAGGAAGAAGAUGAUGACGAGAACUCUGAUUCUGAAGAAGGAGGGAAGAAAAAGUUCAGCUCUCGCUCAGCCAAGCCUCAGAGCCCUGCCCUCCUGCCACAAAGUCCUGCCCACGUCAAUCAAAGUCCCGCCCACCUCCCUCAAAGUCCUGCCCUGCCCCCUCAACCAAUCAUUCCUCAGCCGAAAGCUCUGGUGAGGAACCGAACAUCCAAGAGACGAUCCAGGACCAACCGCCGUCAGAUAUAAGAUGUCAGCACACACGCAGUAACAUACAGUUACACACAGUAACACAUGUAGUAACACACACAGUUACACACACACAGCAACACACAGUAACACACACACACAGUAACACACACACAGUUACACACACACAGUAACACACAUUACACACAGUAACAUUUGUAGUAACACACACAGUAACACACAGUACACACAGUAACACACACAGUAACACAGUUACAUACACAGUAACACACAGUUACACACACACAGCAGCACACACACACAGUAACACACACACAGUUACACACACACACACACACACACACACACACAGUAACACACAGUAACACACACACAGUAACACACAGUAACAACAUACAGCAGGUUCAUGUUCACCUUCAAUCCAAAAAAUGUAAAACAAACUAAAAUCUGCAGACAAUCCAAAGCGUCUGAUUGGUCAGUUGAUUGUCUGAUUGUCUCUGGACUAAUUGUGAGUUUCUGUUUGUAACAUAAACAGGUUCAUCAGGUGAACUGGAGAAAUAAACUAAAAUCUUUUGUGACUCAAAGUUCAAACUGAUGAUGAUUAUUUUAAUUCUGUUUCUUUUUACACUGUCAGUCAGGAGCCCCUGAUAUGUUAAUGAAUUUGGCCCCUGGCCUCUGUGCACUGUGUUAAUGUAGCUGUUUGUUUUUUACUUUCAUUCAUAAACACUGAAACAACA